AUGUGUUAUUGUUUAAACAUUAAAGAUAGAGUCAUCUAUUUAGCUUGUCCAAUAGAUUAUAACUUAUUUAUAGAAAGAUUACAGUACCUUAAAAAUAUGUAUAUUUAAUCUUAUCCAUAAUAUUAGUAACUUCCCUAUUCUUUAAAUCAUUCAAUUAAGACAAGAAUAAUUUGUAUCUAAAGAAAUGAUUAAGGAUGUUGAAGAAUGGCAAGAGAGAUUAUCAGAAGGUUAUUCCUAAAUAAACUCUUAGUAGUAAGAAAUCUAAUAGUUGGAUGAACAAUUUUAGCAUCUUUCAAUAUCUUAAAUCCAUAUAAAUGAAUAGGUUGACUAUCAUAAAUGUUAAUUUUGUUAUUAGAAUUUGGAAAAUAGUAAAUAUUUUAGAUGCAUUGUUUGUUAUUAUUUUCAAAUUUGUGAUAUGUGUAAUACACAUAAGAGAGAAAAAGAUCAUUCUAUUAGUCAUAUCUUUAUUUAAUGUAAUCAUGUAACAGAUUGGAAUAAACUUAAAUAAGAUUCAAAAAUGAAAAUUAUGAAAUAAAAAUCUAAUAUGAUGAAGAGAUUUAAGAUACACAAAGCAAAUAUACAUGAAUUAAUAUGUUGUGAUUUUUGUAAUAGUUCACCUGUUUAAGGUAUUCGUUAUUAAUGUUGUGAAUGUCCAGAUUUUGAUUUAUGUAAAGCCUGCAUCAAAAAAUUCAAACAUGAUCCUACUCACAAUUUUAUUUAAUUAACAUCAAACAUUGAGUUUUUAAUAUUUACAUGA